AUGCUGGCGCGGGCACUGUCGGGGCCGCUGGCGGGUAUGCUUGGGCACGUGGGGUCGGCGGUGGUCGCCUGCAACUGCACCCCUGGCUUCACCGGCCGCCGCUGCGACGUUCCGGUGCCCGAGGCGGAGAUUAACGGAGCGUGCGGCGACGAGAGCUGUGUGACGCAGUGCCCCUACGAGCACGGCGACCCGGCGCACGUGUGCAACUGCGGCCGCGGCCCACCCGUGCCGACUGACCGCGUGCGCUACGAGGGCACCAUUCGCCUGGCGAACGCCAGCGCGUGGCUCGAGGGGCCCGGGGGCCGCGCCCCCUCCGCGUCCGCCGCCUCCACCCCCGCCUCCGUCGCCGCGCCCCCCGCGCUCGUCAACACGCUGGAGAAGCUGAUGCAGCGGCCAAUAUACAGAAGAAAUGGUUUCAGAUAUCAAAAUAUUGUGGCCGUUGAUAUUGCUAUGCAAGAUUUAUUAGUGACUAUAUAUUUUUCUGUAAAAUGUUGUUUUAAAGUUAGUAGUUUAUUCAGUGCGCCGACGUCCGAGACUUGGCGCACCGCGGACGCCCCGCCCACGCGGCUCGCCCGCCCUCCCACCUCCUACAAUAAUAACAACUGUAAUAAUAAUAGUAAUAAUUUCAAUAAUAAUAAUAAUAAUAAUAAUAAUAAAUAA